GUAAAAAUAGCAUCAACGUUUACGUUCAAUGUAAGCCUUUCAUAGACAUGGUACUUAUUGCACGUGUAGCAGAGAAACAGAUGUGAGGAUCAUCUAAGAAGAAGCAAUGGGUCUGACAAAACAGUAUCUGCGCUAUGUCCAAGAUGCAGUAUUUGGUCUGGUGGCUAGUCAGAAAUCCAAUGUUGUAUUCAUGGAACUAAAGGGAGUGAGGGGGCGCCACUGUGCUGUAGGUGUGUGUGAAGAUGUCAUCAUCUGGGACGUGCGCACAGGGGAAAAGUAUAUGACACUAAAGGGAGACAGGCAUGAAGUGACAAAGAUAGCCCGUUCUCCAGACCGACGCCACAUGGCAGUCGGCUACAAUGAUGGCAUGGUUCGUAUAUUUGACAUCUCAUCAGGGGAAGCCACCAUUAACUUCAGUGGGCACAAGUCUACCGUGACCGCGUUGCAGUAUGAUGCUAGAGGGCUUCAUCUCGUGUCAGGUGCCAAGGAUACAGAUGUGAUCGUGUGGGACAUCGUCAAUGAGAGUGGACUGUACCGCCUCAAGGGUCACAAGGGGAUGGUUACCCAGGCAAGGUUUCUACCACAAAACAAUGUGCUGGUCACUAGUUCAAAGGACACAUUUGUGAAGUUCUGGGACCUGGACACCCAGCAUUGCUUCCAUACAUUGGUCGGACACCGUACAGAGGUACAUGACUUUGUGAUCACCCGUGAAGGCCACAGGAUUGUGACGGGAUCAGGAGACAGUGAAUUACGUGUAUGGGACAUCAAUGACAUCACCGAACAGGCAGGACAAGAGAGCGCUGCUGAACCAGAGACAAAACGCAGAAGACUUCAGACACCGGAGGGUACUACCUCUGAUGGUGACGAUGAAGCAGAAGACAGUGAGGAUCUGACAAUCCUGCGCUGUUCUAAAGCUGGCUCCAUAAUGAGGCAAGGACGUGAUCGAGUAGUCUCCAUGACGACAGAUUGGUCAGAUAAAAUCCUCCUCUGUCAUGGUAAUGAUUCCUCCAUUGAGGUGUUCAAACUUCCAUCUGAGCAGGAACUGAGUAAACGGCAGAGUAAACGGCAGAAGAAACUCAACAAAAAGUCAAAGCCUGAUGGGGAGGAAGGAGAGGCUAAGACAGCAGAACUCACACUUGAGGAUGAAAUUCAGAAGGUUACAUGUAUCAAGAUGACCUCUAAGAUAGCUUCAGUUGAUGUGGUGCUGGAGGAAGGUUCACAGGCCAAAGUGGUGGCCGUACUUAACAACAACUCACUCCAGACAUGCUCCUGUAACACUGAGGUGAAGAAGGGUGCAGCAGACAACGUGAAGACUUUGGCUGUUCUAGGUCACCGAACAGAUGUGAGGACGGUCAGUUUCAGCUCAGAUAACACAGCUGUACUCUCUGCCAGUGGGGAGGCAGCCAAGAUAUGGAACAGGUCGACGUUGCAGUGUAUACGGACGAUGCCCUGUAGUUAUGCCCUGUGUUCCACCUUUGCCCCUGGCGACCGACACAUCAUUGUGGGCACCAAGAGUGGUAAGCUACAGAUCUUUGACAUCGCCAGUGGAGCUCUGUUGGAGAGUAUAGACGCCCAUAGUAAAGAGGUGUGGUCUUUAUGUAUGACCCCAGAUAAGAGAGGUAUUGUGUCGGGAAGUGCUGAUCAACAAGUCAAGUUCUGGAAUUUUGAGCUUGUUAGUGACAAGGAAGACUCAGCCUCAAACAAGCGAUUGAGUCUGGAACACUCACGUACGUUACGUAUGGAUGAGGAUAUCCUGGCAGUCCAGUGCAGCCCAGACAACAGACUGAUUGCAGUAUCCUUGUUGGACAAUACGGUCAAGGUUUUCUUUACCGACACCCUCAAGUUUUUCCUGUCCCUGUAUGGACACAAGCUGCCUGUUCUUUGUCUAGAUAUUUCCACCGACUCAACACUACUGGUGACGGGCUCAGCCGACAGAAAUGCCAAGAUCUGGGGCCUUGACUUCGGGGACUGUCACAAGUCUAUCUUUGCUCACGAUGACAGCAUCAUGUGUAUAAAGUUUAUACCCCGUACACACCUGUUCUUCACCGGGGGUAAGGAUGGAACCAUCAAAGAGUGGGACGCAGACAACUUUGAGAACAUCAUUACACUGCAGGGUCACCAUGCUGAGGUGUGGUGUAUGACCACUAGUCCAAGUGGUAACUUUCUGGUGACAGGUUCCCACGACAAGUCGUUGCGCCUGUGGGAGAAGACACGAGAGCCCCUUGUACUGGAGGACGAGAGAGAAAUGGAGCGAGAGAAGGAGUACGAGGCGAGCGUAGGACAGACCGGGGAGCCUGUGGUUCCUGGGGAGACCAACACUGAGGUGGCAAUGGCUGGACGUAAAACAGUAGAAACAGUCAAGGGGGCAGAGCGUCUAAUGGAGGCCCUCGAGCUGUAUAAAGAAGAAACUGAAAAACUACAGCAACACUUGGUUGAGAGUAAACGGGCAGGCAAGCAGCUACCAUCUCCACCCCUUCAUCCGAUGCUGAUGGCAUUUUCUGUCGACACUCCACUCAAGUAUAUGAUGGAGGUACUCAAAAAGGUUAGAUCAAGUGAGCUGGAGGAGAGCCUACUGGUGCUGCCAUUUAACUACGUCAUAGAUCUGGUAAAGGUCACAGAGAAGUUCUUGGACAUAGGCUGGAAUGUUGAGCUCACCUGUCGAGUCCUCUUCUUUUUGCUCAGAGUCCACCAUGGCCAGGUGACAUCUAGCCCCAUCCUUAUGCCCGUCAUUGACCGACUGCGAAGCUGCACACAAGCCAAGGUUGACCAGAUCAGAGACCGGAUUGGGUUCAAUAUGAGUGGUCUCCAGUUCUUACAACAGCACAUUGACAAAUCAGGGGAGGUAAUGCUUUUCAAGGAUGCAACACUGAAACACAAAAACAAGAAGAAAAAGAAGCAGAAAGCAAUUUUGGCUAUCAAAACCUGACUCUUCUAUACAGAAAAAUAUAUCAUUUAAUUUGAAGCAUGGUGAGAUAUGUAUUUGUAAAAAGAUAAAUAAGCAAGAUUUAAGUUCGAGUCAAGUAAAUCAGAUAACAUUACAUGUUUUUCCUUCUAAAAUGACUCACAUAUGGCAAGUCUGAAUAAUUAAUAAAAAAAAGCAUGUUUUAUUGUGAGAAUUUCUGUCAGUCUUUUUCUGAUAUCAUGUAAAACCAUAUACAUUAUAAAAGUGACAUGAUUCGUUGUCAAGCAUUUCUGUUAAAUAAAACCUUAUG